CUGCAGCGGUGGAGACCCAGAGCACCAGCUCGGAGGAGAUGGUCCCCAGCUCUCCGUCUCCCCCGCCCCCGCCGCGGGUCUACAAGCCCUGCUUCGUGUGCCAGGACAAGUCCUCCGGGUACCACUACGGCGUCAGCUCCUGCGAAGGCUGCAAGGGCUUCUUCCGGCGCAGCAUCCAGAAGAACAUGGUGUACACCUGCCACCGCGACAAGAACUGCCAGAUCAACAAGGUCACCCGCAACCGGUGCCAGUACUGCCGCCUGCAGAAGUGCUUCGAGGUCGGCAUGUCCAAGGAAGCUGUGAGGAACGAUCGGAAUAAGAAGAAGAAGGAUGUGAAGGAGGAGGCUGUGCUGCCGGAGAGCUACGAGCUGAGUGGGGAGCUGGAGGAGCUGGUGAACAAAGUUAGCAAAGCACACCAGGAGACGUGCCCUUCACUGUGUCAACUGGGCAAAUACACCACCAACUCCAGUUCGGACCAUCGGGUCCAGCUGGACCUGGGCCUCUGGGACAAGUUCAGCGAGCUCUCCACCAAGUGCAUCAUCAAGAUUGUGGAGUUCGCCAAGCGGCUGCCUGGCUUCACCUCCCUCACUAUUGCUGACCAGAUCACCCUCCUCAAAUCAGCCUGUCUGGACAUCCUGAUGCUGCGGAUCUGCACGCGCUACACCCCCGAACAGGACACCAUGACCUUCUCCGACGGGCUGACGCUCAACCGCACGCAGAUGCACAACGCCGGCUUCGGGCCGCUCACCGACCUGGUCUUCGCCUUCGCCGGCCAGCUGCUGCCCCUGGAGAUGGAUGACACGGAGACCGGCCUCCUCAGCGCCAUCUGCCUGAUCUGCGGAGACCGGAUGGAUCUGGAGGAGCCCCAGCGUGUGGACCAGCUGCAGGAGCCGCUGUUAGAGGCCCUGAAGAUUUACGCCCGUCGUCGCCGGCCCAACAAGCCGCACAUGUUCCCCCGAAUGCUGAUGAAGAUCACAGACCUCCGCGGCAUCAGCACCAAGGGAGCAGAGAGAGCCGUCACUCUGAAGAUGGAGAUCCCGGGACCCAUGCCCCCGCUGAUCCGAGAGAUGCUGGAGAACCCGGAGGCCUUCGAGGACCAGCCGGAGAACGGCGACGCCGCCGCCGCCGCCGCUCCGCCCCCGGCCCCGCCCGUCACCAUCAAGAAGGAGCGGGAGGAGGAGGAGGAGGAGGGGGAGGGGGAGGGCGAAUGCGGCGCCGGCGAGAACAGCGGCGAGCUGUCGCCGGAGGAGGACGACGAGGACGAAGACGACGACGGGGCGGACGAGGAGAGGGAGCGCGAUGCGGAGAGCGACGGGGAGAACUGGGCGGGCGAGGCGUCCGCCCCCGAGUGGCCGAGGAAGACCCUCGCGGGGCGGGGCCAGUGAGCGGCCGAACGUUCCCUCGAAACAAUCCCUCCAGUCUCUCGUAAAAAAAGAAACAAACAAACAAACAAAAAAAAAGAAACGGAAACAAACAAAACAGAAAAUAUCACAAACUUGUGAUUCAGACCAAACUAUAGGGAAGAAUCUCAUGGAAAAAGAACAGAGGCCUCUUUAGAUGACAGUGACUGUCUCUCUCUCGGUGUUGUUAUUGUUUUUUUAGUGUACAUAGAAGCGAAAGGAGAUGCCAAAAAAAAGAGAAACACCAGCCAUAGCGGCGAGUGCAGGCGGGCUGCCGUUUUCACAGGGUCCUCUUCAGGGUGCAGUGCUUCAGGUGGCCAGCAGGGGGAUGCAAAUGGCAUGUCCUAUUUUUUCCCCCCGUCUUUUUUUAAACAAAAUUACGAAAAAUGAAACGACAAAGUGGACGCGGUGGCCCAUUUGUUGUCGAUGCUUUUUAAAAACAAUUUUCAUGUAGCAUUUUAAUUGUUUUUUUUUUUCUUUCUUCUUAUGGCAUAUGUAUACACUCCAUAUAUUUCUCUAUCUAUAUAUCUUUAUAUUUUUGUUUUGUAUUUGUCAUUUAUGGUUUUUGUAUAUUCUCAUGUUCUCCUUUAAAGAAUGUCCCAGAACAGAGACACAGAGAGAUAAAGAGAGAUAGAGGAGGAGAGAAAAAAACCCAGCAAUUUACAACUGGCAGACCUCCACUGGUCCUGAAAUGCUAACGCAUCACUGAUUCUGAAUCAGUGAGAUGCUCAAGAUUUGGAGGGAGGAGUGCUUCUCUCUCAUUGGCUGAAAUGUUCUCAAACGCCAAAUUCUCCAUGCCAAAUGAAGCUGUUUUUACUGUGACACACGAGGCUUUCUCACUGUGGGAAAUGACAGUUGCAUACCCCUCCCCCCUCCCCCCUCCUUACCUCCUGGAACUGCCCCUGCUGCUCUGUUCUUGGAGGGGCAGUAUCGCUGAUGCGUUCAGGGCGCGGGGCGUACCUGUACGGCCAUGCUGUCCGUGCUGGAGGCAGUGUCCAGUGUCCAGUGUCCAGUGUUCAGUGUCCAGGCCCUGGUGUGAAGUGGCCUACACACCGUAAGUGCUGGCAGCACAAGAAUGUGGCUGCAGUCUCUGGAGGAAUCAAUGCAGAAUCACACACACACACACACUCAGACACACACACACACAGACAGACACACACACACAGGCACACGCACAUACACCCAGGCACAUACACACCCAGACACACACACACAUACACCCAGGCACACACACACACACAGGCACACAAUGCAUGCACUUGUAGACACAGUCUACACUUGUAAAAAAGUGCACUUGUAGGCACUUUUGCACACACACACAGUCACACCCACGAAACUGUACACAUACUACAAUCAGCGUGCAUACGCUUGCACAUUUACAAGUUUCCGUGAUUGGACAAGGAGAUCUGCACAAAAUAUCAUAACACAUAAACGCACUCAGGGCUACCUUUUUAAGGACCCAACCGUAGCUGUCCACAGACAUGCCAGAAAGGAGCCAUAUCCACAGAGACUUUGGGACUCAUUGUCUCUCGUGAGCUCGGGGAGAAACGUACAACCUGGCCACCUCAAUGACAAGCCAUACCGCAGCCGGCUGUGUCCAUCCGUUAAACUCUCCUCAGAGGUGGCUCGUUAACUGUGGCUCACCGGUGCUCGGGUCUCACCGAAUUUUAACCGGCGCAAACGAUGCGGGCGGAGAGCCGGUCCGAGGCGGCCGGCGACGCCCGAGCCGGGCUGAAGUGCCUCCGUCGCCGUGGAGCAAUACGGACGCCACGCAAACACCCGCGAAAGGACGUCGCCCAAUGAGAUUUCAUGCUCAAACGUGCGAUCUGCGUCUUGGAGAGCGCGCGUGUGUGUGUGUGUGUGUGUGGUGGGCAGGUGUGUGUGUUAAUGAGCUUUUGUUCUCGUGUUUGUACGCCCGUGUCUGUGUGUGUGUGCACCUGGGUCUGUGUGCUUGUGCGAAUGUCUAUGUGUGUAUGCUUUUGUGUUUGUAUGUGAAUGUGUAUGUAUGCAAGUAUGUGUGUUUGUGUGUGUGUGUUUGUGUACGCGCAAUAUCUGGUUAUAUUUUGCCAAAUGAAUGUGUUUUAAUAGCACAGACUGUAGAUGUGGAACCAGGCUAGUGGGAGGAGGUAAUGUUCUUGGCUUGGGACAGAGCAGUAGCUUUUCCAUUGUUAGUACCCACGUACAGGCCUGUGGCACGCAGCAUCCACCAUCCAACGCCUCCGUCUGCCACUGCGGUGCUGAGCAGGGGAUUCACAGAAAAAUAAAACGGACCUCCGUCUUAUUUUCAUCUGUCUUUGGCCGCUAGCUGUGACCGGUGAUGGCAGCACAAAGCUUUCUACCUUUCUGUCUGAACAAUCUCCCAUGAAGCUUGCAUUUAAGAUUUGAGGUCAGUCCCAGUAAGAGUGUCCCACCCAGCAACAGGAAUUACCCCUUUGAAGAGUUGUGUUUUUGGAAUGUGUUUUUAAAAUUCAGUAUUCUGGUGAUUGUUACAUCAGCAUUAGAAUGUUCGGUUAAGAACAUUCUAAUCACAUAUUUGUGAUGUCACACCUUAAAGGGGUAACCAUAGCUAAAGCCCAACCUGCACUCAAACUCCGAGGGAGGGGCCAGCCUGGUUCCAGCUCUGCAGCAGAAAAGGGGGGAAUUAAUAUCAGUGUUACUUGGAGACAGUGAGGAUGGGUGGGGCUCCGUUAAGUCCCCGCCCUCUAAGAAAGGGUGUGGCCUUAGGGGGAAGGGAAGAACAGUAAGGCUCUGUGGUAUCUGUACUGUACGUCCAACUUUGAGCAUGUCGGAGUUGGCUGCUAAUUAUCCUCUCUUUAUACUGUCAAACUCUCAUGCUAAGAAAAGCCAUUUGACAAAAGGGGAGGAAUUUGUACAAUAAAUGAGAUUUUUGUGAGCUUUUGAUGCUUUAUAAAUCUAUAAUUGUUUUCUUUUUUUGCUUUUUUAAGUAAGUUUUUCAGAAUAGGAAAUAAAAGCCAGGUUGAGCUAACCAA